GCAGUGCAACUAUCAUCCUACUGGUGAUCCGUCGGUGGAUGCAAUACUACCAAUCAUGGGUCGAUGUUCCCGUCGUGGGAGGAGAAGGGAUAUUUGAAUCGUGGAGGGCCGCCCGUCGUUGGGGCAGAUGUGGCCCUCAGUUGCUACAAGAAGGAUAUGAUCUGCAUGGAGACUUUGCAUUCCAAGUGGCCACACCAACCGGCUGGGAUGUCUGUAUUUGCAACGAUGCGAUGAUCAGGGAGUAUCUCAAUGCUCCGGAUGAUUACCUGUCUUCCACAGCUCCAAUACAAGGGUUCUUCCAGUCCAAGUUUACGGCACCCGGAUUAUUUCAUAAAAUUCCAAGCUCAAUGAUGAGUAAAGCCCUCACCUGGUCCCGAAGCCGCACAAGAUCCUCAGAUCAAUAUUUCCCAAAUUUCAUCCGGGAACUCGAGUACUCAUUCGAACAGGAGGUGAAGGAGCAUAUGAAGGUUGAUGGCGGCUGGAAUGUUUUGGAUUGUUAUACCAUGGCCAGACGUCUUACAAUGGGACUUGUGGCAAAGUUACUAAUAGGGGAUGGAUGCCGAAAUCCAGCGAACAUCGAUCUUUUCUGUGAUUAUACGGCCGAAAUCAUAAUUGGGGGACCAUAUAUCAGGAGCUUUCCGGAGUUUUUGAAGCCACGAAAGAUCAAGUCGGAAGAGAUGGCAAAGGAAGGGAGACAGCCCGAAGACUUGACAGAUUGGUUCUGGCGAUGGUCCCAGCAGGACACAAAUAGUGGUCAUAAUGAGCUGGACAUUGCCCAGCUACUUGCUGCCAAUACGUUCGGGGCCAGUUUCAACACUACCGUCGUCCUUGUCCAAUGUCUCUGCGAGCUUGCCGCCAGGCCAGAAUAUGUAGAUCUCCUCCGACAAGAGGUCGUAUCGACUCUUUCAGCCCACAAUGACACUUGGACCAAAGAAGGGAUUGAGUCGAUGAAGAGACUGGAUAGUUUUAUCAAGGAGUCCCAUCGGUUCAACUGCUUUGAUCACGCUGGAACUCCCCGUGUGGUCAAGAAGGACUUUCAAUUCAAGAAUGGUCUUCGAAUUCCUAAGGGGACAGUUCUCUUAACGCCGAACGCGGCCAUGUUAUUUGAUGAAAAAUAUAUCAAGAACCCCCUUGAAUUCGAUGGUCUUCGAUUCUAUGACCUUGCCAAGAGUUCCGAAACACCUGAGGCAUUCAAGUAUACUUCUACAAAUCCUCAUUAUCUUCAGUUUGGAGAUGGAAAACACGUCUGCCCAGGUCGCUUUUUCGCAGCCGAUGAGGUUCGGCUCAUUCUGGCAUAUCUGCUGUUUCAUUUCGAGAUCAAAUUGCAGGGAAGUCUGCCGGCAGGUUUCAAGAUCAAGAGGCACAACUUGGCAGAUUUGGGGGUGAAAAUUCUGUUGAGGAAAAUUGAAAGAUAG